AUGGCAAUGGCUUUGCGCUCACAAACCCCCGUCCAGGACGGGUUUGCCUCUGCAUCACAGCAUCCAGAUCCGCUGUUGACCACUCGGGGCUAUGGUGCACGAUCAGGCUCCCGCCCUAACUCAUUCGCCGCCAGUGGUUCUGGUUAUACCGCCGCACAUGGCGCCAUUGAGCCCUCUCCGCUAAACCACUACGGCCGCUUUCACGAGGAACUAGACGCAAUCAGCAGGCGCGGUUCAAUGGAUGGUCCAUCGGGAAUACAACGAUCAGCGUCUCAAAUGUCCCAAUCUCGUUCUGCAACCCCAACCAGAUCAGGCACUCUGAAGAAAAAGUCGUCCCUAAGCAAGAGGGGCAGCAUGCGACGCAGCGGAAGCCGGAGGAGCUUGCGUGCUGGGAGCGUGAGAAGCCUGGUACUAGGCGAUAAGGAAAAGUAUCCGGUGGAUGGUGAUGAAGACAUCAACAGCGCAUUUUAUAUUCCCGUUCCGACGACUGGAAAUCCCACUGAGGUUUUGUCCAACCGUUUCCAAGCCUGGAGGAAGGUUCUCAAGGAUUUGAUUGUAUUUUUCAAGGAGCUCCAAAAACAACAUGAAGCUCGAGCAAAACUGUACCUUUCGACGACAAAUAUCAUGAAUAACACGUCGCUUCCCCCAACAUUUCUCAAGUCAGGCGGCCUCGGAGAUGCGAAUGAGAUUCUAAGAGAUUUCCACCGCCAGGCGCAUGAUGAGGCAACUAAGGCAGCACAGGUGGAAAGCGAAGUCAUCAACCAACUCGUGGGACUGCGGAUUGAUCUUCAGAAGAAGAUCAAGGAAAUCAAAGCGCUUUCGGGGGAUUUCCGCAACUCUGUUGACAAAGAGGUCGACGUCACUCGCAAGUCAGUCCGACACUUGCAAGAAGCGUUGGGCCUAGUCGACGAAGAUCCUUCUGCUACAUCUGGGAAGGGCGACCCCUUCAUUGUCCGUCUGAAUGUAGAAAAGCAGAUUGAAAAGCAAAUUGAGGAGGAAAACUACCUGCAUCGAGCCUAUCUGAACCUUGAAAACUCCGGCCGUGAACUCGAGUCCAUUGUUGUCAGCGAGAUCCAAAAGGCUUACAAUGCCUAUGCCGGUAUUCUCAAACGGGAAGCGGACGAGGCCCUCGACACUGCAGAGAAGCUUCGCGUAGGCCCAAUUUCGAUGCCGCACGACCACGAAUGGAACGCUUUUGUUGCCGAAACUGACGAGAUGGUGGACCCGCGUGUACCUUUGCGAGAUGUUGACAAUAUCACGUUUCCAGGCAAGGAUCAUCCCGCAGCAGCCGAGGUCAGGUCUGGAAUGCUGGAGCGCAAGAGCAAGUAUCUCAAGAGUUACGCUCCUGGAUGGUAUGUUUUAUCGCCAACCCAUCUGCACGAAUUCAAAUCGGCCGAUAAAGUUGCAUGGCAGACGCCAGUGAUGUCAUUGUACCUUCCGGAGCAGAAGCUCGGAUCUCAUUCGCAACCAGACUCAACGUCGCACAAGUUCAUGCUGAAAGGACGACAAACCGGAACCAUGCACCGCGGUCAUUCAUGGGUAUUCAGGGCAGAGUCUUACGAGACGAUGAUGGCCUGGUACGAGGACAUAGAAGGGCUCAUCUCCAGGACGGGAGAAGCCCGGAAUGCGUACGUCAGGCGGCAUAUACGGAGCGUGAGUGGCGCCAGUUUCCGAAGCAGCAGUGACGGGGCCAUGGAUGAAGACGAAGCAGAUCGAACACCCUACUCUGCCGAAUCAGUCGUGAUGAGCCAAGAGCGCCCGACGUCCCAACCCCGUCAGCCAGGCGGUCGUUUCCCGAGUGAUGUGCACAUCGACCGUCAUAUGCAGGCGCCCAUGUCACCUUCAAGCGGAGAGAGCUCCGGGGAGAGGGAUCUGCUUGCGGCAGCAGGCUCGCUGCCCGAUGGUGGGCACUACUUUGCUGCUAAUUCAAACAACCGCUAUCAUUCUGACAGAGAUUCAGUUUCGCAUCAGAACGCGAAUCCGAGCAGAUCCGCAAGCAGUGCUGGUCAGCGGUUCCCUAUUGACGGGUACGACAACUACCAAGACAAGUGGAUGGCUUCAUCCGACUCUUUUCGCCGCAGUCAGCAAAACUCACAAUCAGUUCAGCCAGCACCUGCCCCCGCAUCUGUUGACAAUCGCGUAACCAUCGAGUCUCCUAAGGAGAACCCUUCAAACACCGUCUUCAUUGCCGGUCUCGGUUCCACCUCAACCCAAGACCACGCCGCACAGCGCCAGCGCAACCGUGGCGAAAGCGCCUCAACCGCCUUUACAAUCACCAACGUGACCAGCAACACACAUAGCACGGUCCCGACAUCAGUGGGUGAAGAUGAAGAGUCAGACGAUGACCUCGAGUCCGUGAAGCAAGGCCCUCGGUCUCCCCGUUCCGAGAUGUCGUCUCUCCCAAACAGCGUGCGGAACUCCAUCGACGUUUCCAAGAGACCCGCAGCACAGACCAAGAACAGCGUCUCCACGAUCGAAUUGAACAUACCGGGCCACUACCCGCGUCAACAAGCCGCCGUUUAA